AUGGCAAUGAGAGUCAUCCAGGACCAAAUAACAAUAUUAGUUCUAGAACCACCACCAUACUUCUUGAUAAGUAAAGAAAAAUUCUCCACUAAACAUGAUGAUGCGAUCAUGGACGAGGAGGUUCAGGCCGAGGAAGGAGAUGGAAUGGAGCAGCUUGAAGCCGAGGAGGGACUUGACGCCGCGCAGCUUGAACCUGAGGAGAGCAUAGCCAUUCCAACUGGCCCCAUCACUCGUUCACAAACUAAGGCACUAAACCAAGUGAUUAGCAAAGUCCUUAGCUGUUUGAGUCAGCAAGAAACCAAGCCAACUACUCUAGUUUGCUUGAAGGCCUUACAUGAGGGAUAA